AUGGCGGAUCCCCGGAUCAGUUCACGUGAAAUGCACACAGGAGCCGAACUAAACAGCGAACCUCGCCCUCAAGUGCCAACUUGGUCGGUGGCCAAUGCAAAGGAAGCAAAGCCAGUCUCGGAGCCAGAGAAUCAAACCACUGCAACCAAAGUUGACACGGAGCUCCCCAAUGGAAGUCACCCCGCUUCGACCGAUGCUGAUGCACAAUCCGACAUUGAUGAGCUAUUAGUUGGUGGUGAUGCUGAACCGGAACCUCCUCGCUAUGACGGUGACUUUGACAUCGAAAGACACGACUACUGGUGGAAUCUUCUGGAUCAGGACAAUCCUCGUCAUGCUAGAGCCUCCAAGGGCAUGCGCUAUGGCACGGAACGUAAUCCCAGAUGUGAUACGUGUGAGAGGCAAAACAGGGCAUGUAUGACUCGGCCAAACAGCCACGAUAAGACUGGAUGUGUCCGAUGUUCAUAUACACAAAGCGGGUGCUCGCAUGCCAGAGAAGCCAGAGAGUCUCACCAACAGCGAACUGGUUUCCCGCUUCUCAAAAUUGGAAGCGCUCGCAAACGUGACGAUAUGGACGACGACGGGUCUCGCAGUCCGCCAGUCGAGAUUGCAGUCAAGCGACCACGCUUGUCGAGUUACAGUGGUGGCUACCCAGAAGGGGCCAGGGGUCUGAAUGCUACCCCGUCUCGGCCUAAUUUUGAUGCACCUGCUUCCGUCAAUGGACGCCACUAUUCUCCGAUUCACAUACCGGGAUCAGUGGCAGAGAGGGAGCGAAGCGGUGCCAACGGUGACAGUACACGAUCUGCCCGACACGACGCCGAUGCUCGCCAGUACUACGACUCACAUAAUGACAUUUCCCGAGCCGAGGACAAAUACCAAGACAGAUAUCAAAACCAUGACCGUUAUGAAGUCUCUGCUCGCGAUAUGAACAACUUGUUUAAUCUGGUUGACAAGCUUCAACGAGAAGUGAGAAUACUUCGCAGCAAGCUGGAUGGUAUGGAGGCUCGCGUGGACCACUUGAGCGGAGCUGUCGACACCUACAGGUCAUAG